CCGCCUUCCAGCCACCAUGUCGGGGACGCAGCUGCUCAGACUGCGGGUGAACGAGCGCCUGGAGGCGGCCGUGGAGGAGAUCUUCGGGCUGGUGGAGAGCACCAUCGCGGAGUACGAAGACGAGGCGGUCCGCUCCAAGAGAGAGAUCCUCCUGCUGAGGCAGCAGCUGCAGCAGCUGACCGUCCUGAAGCCCGAAGUGAUGCUGAGCCGGGCAGAGCCGGUUACUGAGGAACCAACUCUGCCAUUACAGCAAAAAAACAUCAAGAAGGAACAGAUUCACGUUCUGGAGGAAACCGAGAUCCAGGAGCACCCACACAUCAAAGAGGAGCAGGUGGAGAGGUGCAUCAGUCCAGACGUGGAGGACGAUACUUCCAACGAGGAUGAAGACGGACAACUUGAUUCUGAACCAGACACCAACGGUGAGCUGCUCCCGUCCUCCUCGGCUGGAUCUGUGAGAGUGAAGGAAAGCAUCGACGACGAGUGGAACGAAAGAGAUGGUUCCUCUUCGUCUCAUCAGAGUCGAGGCGUUGAAGUCUUCGUGGGACUGGAACAGCCUCCGAGGGGAGACAAGUCUUGCCGUUUUUGUGGCAAGAACUUUAGGAAGGACUCUUUUCUCAUAAGGCAUGUCGCCAAGAGUCACAAAGGGCACAAAGCCUUUAAAUGCAUGGAGUGCAAAAAGGAGUUUGAGCAAAGGUACCAUGUAAUUCAGCACACUAGAAUCCACACCGGUGAGAAGCCCUUUACUUGUGAUUACUGUGACAAAACAUUCGCUCAGAACUCCAGCCGUAUCGUCCACAUGAGGGUGCACACUGGAGAGAAACCAUAUUUUUGUAAUAAAUGCGGCAAGAGUUUCGCCAUCAGCAGUCACCUGAGAUUUUGCAAAGGGACACAAAACAAAGACGCAAACGCCUUCCGCUGCACAACAUGCGGCAGAACCUUUCCCACAGAUUCAAACCUGAAGGUGCAUAUGGAGAUUCACGAGUCGUGGAAACGACACAUGAGUGAGAAGCUGCAAGGACAGGAGAUAGAAGAUGAAAACCCCUAAAAGAAAUGUUAGAGAACGUCAGUAUGUGACCCCAAAUGUUGUUCAUAAAAUGUACAAAUCCGUAUUCUUCCAUUUUUUUGUUUCAAUCCCUCAACAAAGCAAUGUAUUUGUUAAUUUGUUGAAAUGUAGCUUAUUAAAUACUAGGCUGUCAGUUUUGAUUUGAGUAAUUCAUCGUGAGCAAAUGCUAUUUUUUUCUUUAAUCGUGUUUGAGAGGUGAAUCAACUGUCCCAUAUAACCUCCACCCUCAUCCACCCUCCCACCACGCAGUUGGUGUUAACAUGUUUAACAUCACUGCAUUCAUACAUAUCUGAGAUUUGUCUUCAGACGUUAGAUGUAAAUCUAUAAAGCUUAUUGACAAUUAUAACCCAGAUUGUUUUACAGUGAACUAUGUACAGGAAGUCUUUUUUUAAAUACAGUUAGCUUGCUUUCUUGGACUUGUAAUGAAAGAUUAUUGAUAUGAUAAUGAUUUUACAUAUAAACAUGCAGGUUAUUCUAAUAUCACCAUGAUCUUUGAUAAUCAUUAAUAAUUAUGAAUACUUACAAUACUUGUAAAUUAUAAAAUGAAAGAAAGUGUUUAAACUCAUGUAAAAAUAUUUUAGGAAUGACAUGUUUCAGCUAGAGUCUCUCAAAAAACUUUAUUCACCAGUUGCUUUUGACACAGCUGAAAUAUUUAACUGUUUCAGUUAUAUUUACUGCUUCAUCUAGAGUCUUUUUUUUUUAUUUGGAAAAGAAAAUAAACAUUUU